AUGGAGCCAGCUCUGUGCAACAGGGAAGGCCUGACGAAGCUUCAGAAGCAACAGCUGGCAGCAGCCUCCAGGAUGCGCAGGACCAUUUUGGCCAUGGGUCUUGCGGGUGGUGCGACACUUGCAAAAUGUGCAAUAGCAUGUUUCCUGAUUGGCCUCUUGCUUCAGUUCCUCAUAGCUGGCCGGCAGCUUCAGCAGGUUUCGCCGCCUCCGUCUUUCUGUGCUUCCAAAUCACCGCAAGGUCUGGCAAGUACAUCACAUUUGCUUUCCUGGAAGCUUGAUCGUUUUUGCCGUUGGUGGUGGUUUCCCUUCGAGCUUACGUGCCCCAUGGUCUCCAUGAAGCUCUUUGUGCUCGCUUUGCUUUUCAUCCAUUUCCACGUCCUCAUGGUGCCAAGACCCGGGGUGUUAGCUGCGCCAGAGCUUGUUGGCAUUAUGAAGCGCCACCCGCCGAGCCCCUACCCCAUGUUACCAUUCACCGAGUGGCUGCUACCAGGGCUCUCACCGGAGACCGCAAAGAGUUGGAUGGAGAGCCUGUGUCAGCUGCGAUCCCGGAUGAUCCUGUGCUGGUUUGGUUUCUUGCUUCUGCCCAACUGGAGCCACAGGGCACACAUCAACAAAGGCCUUCAAGUGGCACACGGCUUGCUGUACGGCUAUGGCGCGUUGAUUUAUGCCUUCUUUGCUGCAAUUCAUUACGCAUACACGAAAAAGCAUUCUGACUACGGUGGAAUCGUUUCCGUCCUCGCUGCCAUCUUUGCAGUGCCAUUUCUGGAGACGAACCCUAUGGCUGGAUCGUGGUUGAGAAAGUUCCUCAUCAUCAACGCUGUGAUUCCCAUUUAUCUCUUUGCAGGCAUUUGCAAAGUGCGAUACCUAGGAUUGGCCACUUGCUUCUCGGGAAGCUGGUUGACGACAGGCGUCAUGGAUCGCUCCCAUGGGUACAGCUUCGUUCCAUGGCUCAACAAAUGGCUGGCAUCCACUCCGCCCCUGAUCGGCACUGAACCCUGGACGUGUCUGCUCCUUUCAUGGUUCACGAUGUUCUUCGAGAUUAUCUGGCCGGUCCUGUGCAUUGCCGAAAUGCGUCCGGAUGGGCAAAGCCCCAUCUGCUUGAUGUUCCUAGUGAACGUUGCAGUCUUCCACGUGAUGGUCUUCUUUCAACUUGGGCCGAACUGGAUUGUCCAGCUUCUGGUGGUUCUUCUGGCUUGCGACCCCCUUUCCUGCAUCCUUCGAAGUGAUGCCAAGGAGGCGGCCACCGGUUGGACGCCUACCUCUGGCGAUUGCAUGCGAGCAGUACUCGGCUUCUUCAUGAUGGGGGCUUGGUUCGUACCUCAGCUGUGGUCCGACUUCGCGCAUCUGAGCGGAAGGCAUCCCUGGAACAGGAAUCACGAGCCUUACUUGCCGGUACCAGAGAUGGAUAUGUUCAGCCCAGCCAGCAAGAGAUCAAAUUACGUGGCCAGCUGCGGCUGCGUUGUUCUGCUCAUCGUGCUCCUGCUGGCGAAGGUCCGAGCUGACAUGGCUUCGCCUUGCACAAGAAGGCCAAAGACAGCGAGUAAACAUUCUUGCGAGCCACAAGUGCAGCGUGCCUGA